GGAUCACUGUCUUCGGCAUGUUCGUUUGACCACAUGAUAACAACGAACAGUCUCAGAGAACGUAGGUAAUAACACUUGAAAACGGGAGAAACCUAUAGAAGAACGAGGCAAGGGCCCGCGUCUCGUCAUAACCACUUUACCUUUGUACAAGAUGAAGAGAGCAGAGCUUGUGUUCAUUCCUACCCCGGGAAUGGGUCACCUGGUAUCCAUCCUUGAGUUUGCAAAGCGUUUACUUGAUCGAGAUGACCGUUUCUCCAUCACGGUUCUCGUCAUUAAUAACGCAGCGUUCGCACCCACCAACCAUAGCCUCGUACAGUCGAUCGCUGCCUCCGACACGCGUGUAAGAUUUAUUCACCUUCCUGAAGUAAAUCCUCCCCCAAAAGAGCUUUUCUUCGUUUCUGCUGAGAAAUUCGUCACCGAUUUUUUAGAAAGCCACAAAGCUCACGUCAAAGACGCUAUCAUCAACCAUGUGUUAUCCGCUUCGCUUCCACUUGCCGGGUUGGUGGUCGAUAUGUUUUGCUCCUCCAUGAUUGAUGUGGCUCACGAGCUUGGUGUCCGGUCUUAUGUCUUCUUCCCUGCCAGUGCUGCCUUUUUUGGCUUCAUGCUCUACCUUCCAACUCGGCAUGACCAGGUGGGCAUGGAGUUUAGAGAUCAAACAGAUCCCGAGUCAGUCAUACCGAGUUAUGUCAACACAAUUCCUCCCGGUGCUCUGCCUUCGUUCGCUUUCAGCAAGGAAGGUGGAUACAUUUCCAUGGUAUACCAUGGGAGAAAAUUCAAAGAGGCCCACGGUAUUAUUAUCAACACGUUUUAUGAGUUGGAAUCCCACGCGGUGAACUCAUUUGUAGAGGAUGAUAUACCUCCGGUUUACACAGUGGGACCGAUGAUUGACCUCAAGGGUAAGACGCCUUCGGGAAAUGAUCAGUCCAAGCACCAAGAGAUAAUAAAGUGGCUUGAUGAUCAACCUCCAUUAUCAGUGGUUUUCUUAUGUUUUGGAAGCUGGGGGAGUUUUGGUGAAUCCCAGUUGAAAGAGAUUGCACUUGGGCUUGAGCAAAGUGGUCACCAGUUUCUGUGGUCAGUACGUUUGGCAUCUAAAGAUAUUAUACCUACUGAUGCCCAGAAUCUCGAGGAGAUCUUGCCACCCGGAUUCCUAGAAAGAACAAGAGGCAUUGGAAUGAUAUGUAGUUGGGCUCCACAAGUGGAGGUCCUUGCCCACGUAGCCAUCGGAGGGUUUGUGUCCCAUUGCGGGUGGAACUCGAUCUUGGAGAGCCUGUGGCAUGGUGUACCUAUUGCUACUUGGCCAAUUUACGCAGAGCAGCAAACCAAUGCAUUCCAGAUGGUAAAGGAUCUGGGGUUAGCAGUGGAGUUAAAACUGGAUUAUAGGGUUGGUAGUGGUGAGCUUGUGAUGGCUGAGGAGAUAGAGAAAGCAGUGAAAAGUUUGAUGGAGGCUGAUAGCGAGGUGAGGAAGAGGGUCAAAGAGAUGAGUGAAAAGAGCAGAGAGGCAGUGAUUGAAGGUGGAUCUUCAUAUGCAUCACUUGGUCGGUUGACUGAGGUUAUGAUGGCAAACAAUAUAUAAAUUCCUGCGAGGAAGUAAGGGAUUUCCUUUAUCUUUUGGAGUUCAAUGUUUGAGAGUUCUAAAGUGUUGCAUCCAUCUGUCUUACAUAUAUGUAAUGGUGUUUAAGCUAGCGCUUCAAAUUUAGCAUGAUAUUUGAAUCCUUUAAUAAUCAAAGGAUGUAAGCCUUUAGCAUGGAUAUUGUUUCGAGUAAAUUUGCGUAUUAAUGCUUGUCUGCUAAA